CUUGCCAUCCACAGAGUAGAGAAGUCCUCUCUGCUAUUUCUCAAUCUCAGGAAAGCUCUUCCUUUCCUAGUUUCUACCCCCAGCAAGAAGAAUGGUGCUCAGGAGUACCAGUGGAGGGUUUCUGAGCCUGGAUCCCACCGCCCCAGCCUGGGAGAGCACACUCACACCGGUGAAUGGAAGUGACCACGCCUUUCUGCAGACUUUCCCCGUGGGGAUCCUGAUCGUGUCCUUGCUAAGCCUCACCUUUGCCCUCGGUGGGCUGGUGGGAAACCUGAUCGUGCUGUGGCUCCUGGGCUUCCGCGUGCGGAGGAACACCUUCUCCGUCUACAUCCUCAACCUGGCAGGAGCCGACUUCCUCUUCCUCUCCUUCCAGGUUGUCUAUUUCCUGGUGAUGCUUGUCAACUUCCAUUCCGUGUCCCUUUCCAUCCCCACGUUUUUCGUCUUUGCGUGGACCUUUGCCUAUAUCGCAAGCCUGAGCCUUCUCAGUGCUAUUAGCACAGAGCGCUGCCUGUCAGUCCUGUGUCCCAUCUGGUACCGCUGCCACCGCCCAAAACACACAUCAGCUAUGACGUGUGCCCUGCUCUGGGUCCUCUCCUUGCUGCUGAGCAUCCUGGAAGGGGAGUACUGUGGCUUCCUGUUUCGGGGUUUCGAUGACAAUUGGUGUCGGGCGUUUGAUUUCAUUGCUGCCACCUGGCUGGUUUUCUUAUUUGUGCUUCUCUCUGGGUCCAGCCUGGCCCUGCUCAGCCAAUCGCUGUGUGGCCGCCAUCGGCUGCGGCUGACCAGGCUCUAUGCGACCGUGGCACUCACGGUGCUGGUCUUCCUCCUCUGUGGCCUGCCCUUUGGCAUCCACUGGUUCCUCUUACACUGGAUUCUGAUACAGUCCUCGGAUACAGUCCUCGAGCAUCUUUAUCUGGUUGCUGUUCUCCUGUCCUGCAUCAACAGCUGUGUCAACCCCAUCAUUUACUUCUUCGUUGGCUCCUGUAGACAGCAGUGGGCUCAGCGGCACAGGACCCUCAAGAUGGUCCUGCAGAGGGCUCUGCAGGACCUAUCAGGAGGGGAUGAGAGUGAAGCCAGCCUUCCUCAGGAAACUCUGGAGAUGGCCGGAAGCAGUGUGGUGUUCUGAGUCAGUCUGUCUCCC